AUGAAAACACUAUGGAAGCAAACUCUAACUCUGCCAUGGCCCUUUGCACUCUCUCAUAGAGUCGUUACGAGGAACAGGUCAUUUCUGAAGCUGCUGCUGCAUCUGAUAUCUAAGGAGUGCCCAAACUUGCCUGGAAUAUGGAAUGAGGAGCAAGUGGAAGCAUGGAAACCAGUAGUGAAGGGUGUUCAUGACAAAGGAGGACCUGAUGAUCAAGUUUAUGAGAAGCCAACACCUUCCUCUGAAAUCCGUUGCAUUGUCAAGGAUUUCAGGAUCGCAGCCCGCAACGCUAUCAAAGCUGGAUUUGAUGGAAUUGAGAUCAACGCUUCAAGUGGCGGCUACCUGAUUGAUGAAUUCAUGAAUGAUCAAGUCAAUGAUAGGACUGAUGAAUAUGAAGGAAGUGUUGAGGACCGUUGUCACCUUGCCCUGGAAAUAGUACAAGAAGUGGCAAAUGAAAUCGGAGCUGAUGGCAAAAAGGACUCGAAUUCAGAAGCCGUAGCAACUUACAUGGCAAACGCGCUAAGCAAACUUGGCGUUCUCUAUCUUCAUGUGAUGGAACCAAGAGAAGCAGCUAAUAAAAGUCUUCUUCCCAUUACAAAGGCUUUUGAUGGGACACUUAUUGCUUCUGGUGGUUAUGGUAAAUCUGAUGGGGACAAACCCAUAGAUCAGAACUAUGCAGAUUUGAUCUCAUUUGGACGUAUGUUCUUGGCUAAUCCAGAUUUACCAAAGCGUUUUGAGGUUAAUGCUCCACUUAACAAGCACAAUAGGAGCACUUUCUACACUAAUGAUCCAGUUAUUGGUUACACUGAUUAUCCAUCUCUUCAAGUUGCUUCCUAAUUGUCUACACAUAUUGGUUGUGUCAACUACUUGAUUAAAGCAUUAUGUAAUUAAUAAAUAAAUAAAUAGCAUGGUUCUGGAAAAUGAUCAUGUUGGUGUGGUGUGGUGUCUAUGUUGAUAUAAGGAUUCUGUUGUAUCAUAAAUAAGUUCUCAUGGUUAUGUAAAAAAUCAUGUACAGUUGUGUGUACCUUUGAUGAAUACACUAUUAAUAAUUUUUUU